CACGACGGUCAGGGACAGCAGGGACCUCAUGGCCGCCAUCGCUGGCUACGUACCCAGCGCUACAGCGUUGCGCAAUUUCUUGGAAGCGCUGCCACCGGCCUUUCUUGGCGAGACGUGGGCCGGCGUCCUCCGACUUCUCCAGCAUCGCCGGCUGGACCCGAAUCGCAUCUGGCCAGCGGUGCACUACGGGGCCCUCGAGGGCGCCUUUGUCUCCAACUACAAAACCAACGUGCUCAUGAACAGGAAGCUUCGGCCGCUCUGGGACGUCGGCCUCGACGUGGAGAUGGGGUACUUGAACAACCAGCGAUUCGACCGCUUGCGACAACUCGUGCCCAAUCUCAUCGAUGUCGAUGAUGUCUUUGGCUAUGGCCAAGACUCGGCCCGUGCCAAUGUAGCAAAAGGCGUCUGGACGGGCUGCACGAUCCGCCUCUCGCUCGUACGCACCCAAGACGACUUUGCUCGCAUUGCAACGACGAUGGCGGCAAUGCCGUCCCUGCGCGAACUCACGCUCAACCUCUCGCAGCUGGCGGAGGCCCAUCCGUAUUACAUCCCGCCCGAGUACAUUUACCAUACUGCACCAUUUCCUGCGUCGCUCGAGCAGUACCUCUGGGCGGCGCUCGCUGCGUCGCGCAUUCUCGACCUCACGCUCCUCGGCGGCCACCUCGUAGCGACGACCGACGGCAUUGCAUCGGCCAUCCAAUGGCUCACGUCUCGGCCAAUCCAGCGCCGCGUGCACCGCCUCUGCUUUGACGACGUCAAAGUCGAAGCAAAUGACGUUGCUACCCUCGUGACGGCGAUGCGCGAGUGUACCACGCUCUCGACGGUCGACCUCAGCUACGACCGAACGCUUCUGCCGACGUUCUUGUCGGCGCCGCUGCCACGUCACGUGCGCCGCUUGGGCUUGUUUGUGAGCGAAGGACGGUAUUACCUCGACUCGGUCAGCCUCAACAUCACGUCGCUUCCGGUGGGUCUUGUGGUGACGGCCAUUGCCGGCUCGGCCUUGACACACUUGCGGCUGGACGUCCAAGAUCUUGACAACCAGAACAUCGCUGCGAUCGUGUCGACGGCGCUCGAGCGGAUACCAAGCCUCCAACACUUGGAGCUCUCCAACGUUCGGCGUGGGCCCAAGCUGACAGCGGUGCUUGAAGCCGGCGCGGAUCGACUCGCAGGGCUCGAGUCGGUGCAACUGCACGAGCUGGAAGUAGCCAGGAUCGAGAGCCCAGAGCCCGAUGUUGAUGCCGCCGGCAUCUUUGGCACGUCCGACUACUAAUGUCUCUCCUCGUAAACUAGAUCGCGGCGGCUUUGAAUCCCUCCAGAACACGUUUUCUUGCGCGUUGCAGAAAGGUGGCAUGCUAGGACUUUAUAGAGCAUAUAUAAGUAGAACUUUAUAGAGCGUAUAUAG